AUGGUAUCAGGUUGUUAUGCAAAAAUAAAAACUCUUGAAUCUUUAGGAGGGGAGAUUCUACAACCUAGAAAACACCUUUCUCCUAAAUCAAUGAAUCAAGAUUAUUAUUCUGAAGAUAUUGAUUCUAGAUUAGUUUUACGUCAAGAGUAUAGAAAAUUAAUUAAAACAACUGAUGAAAACAAAUUGGAUUAUAUUAAAGCUGGGAAUUAUGGUUUAGUAAAAACUAUUAAGACUGCUGACAUGCUUUUUCAAAAGGUCAAACGUCCUCAGGAAGCUACGUUGGAUUCUCGACUUCUUGUUCAGACAGUUGGUCUUGCAAGUAUGAGAGCAAAGCGUCUAAAGUUAGGAGAUAUAUUAUUUGAUAUGGAUAUAUAUAUUGGGAGUUUGUUUUCAUUUAUGGGAUGUACUAGGGAUUGUCAUACAGAUGGUAACUCUGAACUGAAUUGGAUAAGAAUUGGACAAUUAGCAUUACUAUGUAGUAAAAGACCGCCAACCAUGAGUUUUAUGCUAGGAUCUUUAUCUGUUGAAAGAAAAGAGCGCAGAAUUAUACGUCAAGAAAGAUUUCAAAAAAAUAACGAUGAUCUUGUGAAACCUGAUGAAAUAAAAGGAAAAGAAAUGUUACCUCAAGAUAAUACAACCCCUAAGAACGUUAUAAAGAUUGAUAAUCUUCUGAAAUGUCAUUCGCCUAUAGGACUGUUUGAAUUUAUUAUAAAUCCUGGAAGUUUUUGUCAAACAAUAGAAAAUAUGUUUUAUUUAAGUUUUUUAAUGAGGGAAGGUAAAGCUAAUUUGAUAAAAGCAAACAACGAUAUGCUUGUUCUUAAAAGCAAAGAUUCUUCUGAAGAAUUAUAUCAAGGAAAUAAAAAACAAAUUGUUAUGUAUAUUGAUAUGGAAAUGUGGAGAGUAUUUUUAUCUUUUAUUAUAUGUUCUUAA